AUGGUGCAGGGUGUAAACGCGCGCUACCAUCUGCCUCGAUCGGUGCUCCAAGCAAACCUCACACAUGCAAGCCCGGCAAGAAAGAUGCUGCCAACUCUCAAGAUAUGGGCAUUGUUUUCUCUGUCGCUCUGUUUUCUGUCUCAACCGGGUCAUUUGAAGAAGGUUUUCCGAUGUCCUUCAGCAUGCAGCUGCUCCAGGGAGUCUAUCAUUUGCGUCGGGUCCUCCUAUGUCCCAAGGAUUACCCCCAACGACAUCAGUUCUCUGAGCAUCAUCAAUGGGACUUUCUCCGAGGUCAAAGAGGCAAUGUUUGCUCACAUGCCAUCUCUCCAGUUACUACUUUUGAAUUCCAAUUCUCUUACAACUGUGAGGGAUGACGCAUUCUCAGGACUUCCACAUCUGGAGUAUCUGUUCAUUGAGAGUAAUAAAAUAGAGACUGCAUCCAAAUAUGCCUUCAGAGGACUCAGGGACUUGACUCACUUGUCUUUGGCAAACAACAACAUUAAAGCCUUGCCCAGGGACGUCUUCAUUGACUUGGACUCACUGAUAGAGCUGGACCUGCGAGGCAAUGCCUUUGAGUGUGACUGCCGUGCCAAGUGGCUGAUGACGUGGCUCAAGAACACCAAUGCCACAGUGUCGGAUGUCAUGUGUGCCGGGCCGGAGGACAUGAAGGACAAGCGCCUCAAUGAUAUGACCAGCCUGCACAACGAAUGCGUCUCAACGGAUUUCGUCCUACAUCAGUCCGUGGCAUCCGAGUCUUUGUCUGUUGACACAUUCAGCUAUAAGAAUGAUGUGUAUGUGACUAUUGCUGCUCCCAGCUCAGACAGCUGUAUGGUUUUCCAAUGGGACCACAUAGAAAUGAACUUCAGGACUUAUGAUAACAUCACAGGUCAGUCCAUUGUGGGGUGCAAGUCAGUUGUCAUCCAGGACCAGGUGUUUGUCAUCGUGGCUCAGCUCUUUGGUGGUUCCCACAUCUACAAGUUUGAUGAAGACCAAAGCAGGUUCAGCAAGUUCCAGGACAUUGAGGUGUCCAAGAUCUCCAAGCCCAAUGACAUUGAGGCUUUCAAGAUUGGCUCAGAUUGGUUCUUUGUGAUAGCCGACAGCUCGAAAGCGGGCCUGUCAACCCUCUACAAGUGGAACGAUAAGGGCUUUUAUUCAUACCAGUCACUGCAUGAGUGGUACCGCGACACAGAUGCAGAGUUCUUGGACUUGGAUGGGAAGGCCCACCUUAUCUUGGCAAGCCGCUCACAGGUCCCCGUCAUCUACCAGUGGAACCGGAGCAACCAGAAGUUUGUCCUGCAGGGCGAGAUCCCCAACAUGGAGGAUGUUGUCGCUGUAAAGCACUUCCGGAUCAAGGAGGAACUCUACCUGGCAAUGACACGCUAUAUUGGUGACUCCAAAGUUCUACAUUGGGGUGCCAAAGUGUUUGCAGAGAUCCAGGCCGUGCCCUCACGAGGCUCCAUGAUUCUCCAGCCUUUCUCCUUCAAAGAACGUUACUACCUGGCCCUGGGAAGUGACUACACCUUCUCGCAGAUCUACCUUUGGGAUGAUGAAAAGAAACUCUUUGACCGCUUCAAGGAGGUGUACAUUCAGGCACCGCGCUCCUUCACUGUGGUUUCCACUGACCGCAGGGACUUUGUUUUCACCUCUAGCUUCAAGGGAAACACACAGAUCUUUGAGCACAUCAUCAUUGACUUGAGCUUGUGAGGGGUGGUGCCUUAUUGCCCCUCCUGCAAUCGAAUGUCUUCCACUAGAAAGAUAUAUUUGUGAAGGGAAAAAGAAAGGACCAGAAUAGACUUAAUGAACUGUCAAAAUAUCAAUUCCUACAUUGUUCUCUGUCACAGAUAAGAGCUGGGUCAAGUAGUGUUUGGAAUCCUUGUAAUUAAAAAGGUGUUUUGACUAUUUCUCAAUGACCCUGUCCUAUUAUCUGUUCUCAUGGCCUCUCAGACUUUGAGGUAUACUACCAUUUCACAAGAGUGAGAGGGAGAGUCAAGUGGGUGGACAGUUAUACAAGGUAGCAGGUAAUUCUCCUAAAUAUCCAGCUGACAUUCCUGAGGGCAGAAAGAUUUAAAGUAUAAUUUGAUCUAUUUGGAAGUACACAUUUCAGUUUAAUGUCCCCUGCGCUAAUGGUUUUAUACCCCCCAAAAUAUACACCAGGACCUGAGAGAAAGAUCAUAUUACUACAGAGGGUGUAACAGGUGUGGUUGCCACUUACCUCAUGUCCUCUUAUCCUGUGGUAAUGUACAGUAUGAUGCCUUAUCAGCACUGGGGUUCUUGUUCUGAUGGGCCCGCAGUGCCUCCCUCUGGCCGUGAUAAAGUAUCACACCCCUUUGCUUUUUCCAUACAGGGAAUGUCUUGAAAGCACAAACCUUUAAUCGUCUUAGCUGAGACCCUAGCUCUUGGAGUGUAGUUGUUAAGUGAAAAGUGUUGCUGUAGGUGCUAUAGACUAUACUGCGUACAGUAAUGAAGAAGUGGUUUGUUGUUUUAGGGAGUGAAGUUUUCAUGUCUGGAUGAUAUAGCUAAUGCCUUUGUAGACAAACACACAUGAAUGAGAAAUCCCCAUUUACCAGUAGAUAAUAUUUUACUUCAGAGGACAUGUUAAUGACAAAGCAGAUAGAAGCGCUUUUUAUCAAUGUAGUGGAAAAUACCUGUUUUUAGGUGAUGUCAGGGAAGUUAAACUUACUUUAAGUUUGAAAAAAUAACCACAGUCGUUGGACUACUGGCGUAAUUGAACUUUUUUUAGACUAUAACUAAAAACAGGCUCCACACAGCAGAAGUCUAUGGACUCAAAUACAUACAUUUGACAGAAUUUGAUUGUCCAAAAAUGAAGGAAACAAAAUGUUUAUGUAAAUACAUCAACUCAAGUUGAGAGGCUUUUUCAGUGUGUCUUUCUGUUCUUUGAAAAUACUUAAUGUUGACUUACAAGCUACAAAAUGUACAUAAAACAUGGACUGCAAUGCCACUAACUGUUUGUCACACAAGACUCUGAACUGAUCUUUGCACUUAUUAAAAAAAAAAAAAAUGUUACUGCAGCUUGUGAGAGCAUGACAUUCAAAAAAGGGUGUUUGCCAAAUUCUUUUUAGAAAAACCUAACAAACUCAGACGUCUAAAAGUAAAUCUACUCAUUAAGUGAAUGGUAUUGCAAAUAAAAAGAACACAAUGAAAUAUGCAAGCUUUACAACAUGCUGAUUCUUUUCUAUGAUUUUGUUUAAAGCAUAUUGAAUGUUACUCCCAAAUAUACUGUAAAUCUUAUCAGUUGAGUAUCAAAAUAAAUGUGUAAAAGUA